GGCAGAUCUGCAAAAAGAAGAUGGAACCUUACAAAAAUAAGCUACGUCACUCCCAUAAUCCACAAGCAACGCCCAUCUUUAUUGCUUUGUCCAUUUCUUCCAACCGUUUACCAUUAUCAUUUUCUGGCAUAAAAAACCUCAGUUUUCUUGAAGAAUUUCGUGUUGCAUAGGGCUUAAUUUUUCUGUUUCAAUGUUUUUAAGGUCUCUGUGACACAAAAUACAAUGAAACCAUUAAAUACCAAUGUUUAUAGCCAUACAUUUUCAUCAAUUUUUGUAAAAUUUGCAGUAUGUUUUCUUCUCUUGGGCCUUGCCUAUCGUUUGUUUUCCUCAAGUGUCUUACAGUUUUCUCCUGUUGUGGUUCCUACUGAUUUAGCUUUUGAUGAGGAUAAGGAAGCAUUGCCACCCAACCUACCAGUUUCAUCAAGUGACCUUUCGGUGAACCAUACACCAAAAACUGAAAAAUGCAAUGUAUUUGUGGGAAAUUGGGUUCAAGAUCUCACUGGUCCGUUUUACACAAACGCUACUUGCUCUUCGAUUGAAGGUCAUCAAAAUUGUAUGAGGAAUGGACGGCCGGAUACAGAUUAUGUUUAUUGGAGGUGGAAGCCGAGAGACUGUAAUUUACCCAAAUUUGAUGCAAAGAGGUUCUUGAAUAUGAUGAGAGGCAAAUCGUUGGCAUUUAUUGGUGAUUCCAUUAUGCGUAAUCAUGUGCAAUCGCUGCUCUGUAUGCUCUCGCAGGUGGAGCAAGCUGUGGGGGUAUACCAUGACGAGCAGUACAAAAGCCGAAGAUGGGUUUUCCCUUCUCACCGCUUGACUCUCUCAGUCGUUUGGUCCCCGUUUCUCACAAAAGCAAGUGUAUUUGAAGAUAGCGAUGGAGUUUCAUCAGGCAUAAUCCAGCUUCAUCUUGACGAGCUAGAUGCGACAUGGACAGAUCAAUAUGAAAACUUUGAUUACGUAGUAGUUGCGGGGGGGCAGUGGUUUCUCAAAUCUGCAAUUUACUACGAGAACGGCAAGAUUGUGGGAUGCCAUAGUUGCCAAGGGAAGAAUAUAACACAAGUGGGAUUUUAUUAUGCCUAUCGCAAAGCAUUAAACACAACGCUGAAAUUCAUCACGAGCUCAAAGCACAAGGCUUAUACGUUCUUUAGAACGAUGACUCCAGAUCACUUCAAGAACGGGGAAUGGAACACAGGUGGAUACUGUAACAGGACGAGACCGUUUCAAGAAGGUGAGAUCGACAUCAAUGAUAUAGAUGGGAUGAUGAGAAAAAUCGAACUGGAAGAAUUUGAGAGGGCAUCAACUAUAGGAAAGGAAAAAGGUCUAACUUUGAAACUAUUUGAUACGACCUUAGUUUCUCUAUUACGACCUGAUGGUCAUCCGGGAGUCUACAGGCAAUUCCAUCCAUAUCCCGGAAAAGAUAAACAUUUGAAGCUGCAAAAUGACUGUCUACAUUGGUGUUUACCUGGACCUAUAGACUCUUGGAAUGAUUUGAUGAUGGAAAUGCUUGUGAAUGGUUGAAAAUCACACUGUUUUCCCGUAUGGAGAUGUCAUCUGUGCAGAAACAUUUUUGUAGAUCUUUUGUUGUAAUGCCAUAUCCUUGCAUGUAGUUUAAGGAAUUGAAAUUUUUAAGAAAGAGGCUGUUUGUAAUAUUUAUUUAUUUAUUCAAUGCUCUUGGUAAUUAAGAUUCAGUCCUGGGGGUUGGGUAUUGAAAAUCAGUUUUAGUGAA